GAGAGUCAGAGACGCGGAGAAGAAGAAGAGGAGUGAGAGAGAGAGAGAGAGAAGGAGAGAAUGUCUGCUGAGAGGGUGGCUGUCGUUCCUCGUUCACAAACCGGCCCUCGCUGAGACACCAUGGGCUGUAUCGGCUCCCGCACCAUCACGGUGGAUGCAGUUCCCGUUCGGAAAGAUGGGGAGCAGCUGUCCAUGGAGGACACCACCUCCAUUUUGCCCAAUCUGAAGCGGAACUCCAACGCCUAUGGGAUUGGAGCUCUGGCUAAGUCCUCUCUGACAGGUGUGUCAGGGGUUACCAGAUCAAUGAAGGACAAAGUGACCAAGCCCACUGCCAUGGCUCAGGGUCGUGUGGCCCACAUGAUUGAGUGGCAGAGCUGGGGUAAACCAUCCGCAGGGCCAGAAGGGGGAGCGGGACGCUCCAAUCUGAACCGCGAGAGGGAGAGACGGCUUGAAAAUGACGCCUAUAGUGACCUGAGUGAUGGAGAAAAAGAGGCACGAAUGGCAGCGGGCAUUAUGCAGCAGUUUGCCAUCUCUGAGGCCGCACUCUUAACCUGGAACUCUAUGGAUGGAGAGAGUCUCUGUGCCAACUCCAACCAGGGCAGCGUGGCUCACCUCAGUGAGGUUAACCAGGAGAGCAUCACCAGCAGAGACCAGCCGUUGCAUCAUUCCUCGGCAGAAGUGUGGCCUCACACCUAUGUCUCCCAAGGCCUUUACUGUCUCUCCUCCUCUGAUGCGUGGGAGCCAAUCAGCAACGAGCCCUCGGUCGUAGCUUCUCCCGCUGCCAGCUCUUACAUCAUGGCGGGUGGGGCUUCGGGUGAGGGUUAUGACGGCUCCACCCACUAUUUGACACAGCAGCAGCUGACCUUGCAGCAGCAGAACCACCUACAGCAGUUCCAACAGUAUCAGCAGUACCAGCAGCAGCAGCUCCUGCAGUAUCAACAGUCUUUGGAACAUCGAGUGCACAGCGCCUCUCACUCCUUACAAGCCACGCCCAACAGCACUAUUCACAGUUUGGGCCCGCCCACCCACCCGAGACUGGCUGACCUGUGGGCGGCGGCUCAGGUGGAGCCCCAUCAGGUGGAGAUGCUGGGACACAUGGGUGUGACCAUGGCCGAAAUGGGAAUGGCGGAAGUGUAUGGUGAGGAAUCCGUUGUGGAGACCGAAUGCAUCCCAGAGCAGCAAGAGGAGGAGGAAGUCAAGGAGGAUGACAUAACACUUACCCUCGAACCCCAGCUGACAUCCGUAACUCCUGCCCUGACCCCUCCGUCUCUGAGAGAGGACUCCACCCCAUCUGGGGGCAUGAGCCCAGGGCAAGCACCAGCAGAGCCAGUGGUUGAGCACAUGACCUACGAAGUCACAUCCUGCGUCGUCCAAUCACAAGAGAAGAAAGAAGAGGUGGGGGAUGGGGCCGUUGUUGUUGUGGCAACCAACUGACAGUUUAAAUCGAGGGGCAUCCG